CCCUUCUGCCAAAACAAUAUGGAUCCCGUGCGUGAGGGACAUCAUGGCUCAGACUCAUCGAGCAGCGGCGACACCGUCAACGUCGAAGUCACCAACUACGAAAAGACACAAUUAGGCCAGNGCACCGCUGCCGCUUGCACCUGCGCCUGCGCCGGCAGUACCGGUCAACGAGAAAAGACGAAGAAGAACAAGAAGAACAAGAGCCAGGAUGAGAAGAAAGACAAUGAUAGCGACGAUGAGGGCGAAGAUCCCUUUGCUCAUUUACCCGAGCAUGAGAAGGCUGUCUUGAAGCGUCAACUGGACAUCCCGGCCGUCAAAGUCACCUACUUCAUGUUGUUCCGUUAUGCAACAUUCAACGACAAACUCCUUAUGGUGCUCAGUGCACUUUCUUCCAUAAUAGGAGGCGCCUUGCUGCCUCUCAUGACAAUCGUGUUCGGUGGUUUAACAACAACUUUCAAAGACUUCUUUCUGAAAACUAUCACCAAAGAACAUUUCAAUCACGAGUUGUCGAGAUUCAGUCUUUACUUCUUAUACCUGGCUAUCGGAGAGUUCGUCUUCGUGUAUAUUGCCACAGCUGGAUUCCUCUACACUGGUGAGCAUGUCUCUGGAAAGAUUCGCGAGAACUUCUUGAAGGCUAUUCUUCGUCAAAAUAUUGCGUUCUUUGAUCAACUUGGUGCUGGAGAAAUCACAACCAGAAUCACGUCGGACACCAAUCUUGUCCAGGACGGUAUUUCCGAAAAGGUUGGAUUGACACUUACUGCUCUUGCCACCUUUGUCACUGCCUUCGUUGUGUCGUUUAUCAAAGACUGGAAACUCACAUUGAUCCUAAUGUCGACUGUUUUUGCAAUCGUAUUCACCAUGGGCGGUAUGAGCGGAUUUAUCGUCAAGUUCAACAAAGCAUCUUUGUCCUCUUAUGCUGAGGGCGGCACCGUAGCUGAAGAAGUCAUCAGCUCCGUCAGGAAUGCUAAAGCCUUCAACACAGAAGCAAAAUUGACUAGAGCGUAUGAUGCGCAUCUUGCUGUAGCUGAGAAAUGGGGUUUCAAGAUGAAGGCCGUCACUGGAUCCAUGAUUGGCUUCUUGAUGUGUUACGUCUAUCUGAACUACUCUCUGGCUUUCUGGAUGGGUUCUCGUUAUCUCGUUAGCGGACGAAUCCAGGUUGGUGAUGUUCUUACUAUCAUCCUCAGUAUCAUGAUUGGAGCUUUCGCUCUCGGUAACGUGGCUCCCAACAUCCAGGCCUUCACGACCAGUGUUGCCGCCGCAGCUAAGAUUNUUGCUACCAUUGACCGUGUCUCUCCCCUGGAUCCCGCCUCCGAAUCAGGAGAGACUUUGAAGAGCGUUGAAGGUCAUAUUGAGCUGCGCAACAUCCGUCAUAUCUACCCCUCUCGUCCAGAAGUCACUGUCAUGGAAGACGUUAGUCUCGUUGUUCCCGCUGGCAAGACAACUGCUUUGGUCGGUGAGUCAGGCUCGGGCAAGAGUACCAUUGUCGGUCUUGUUGAGCGCUUCUACGACCCUGUGGGUGGUUGUGUUUACCUUGACGGCCAGGAUAUCUCCAGUCUCAACUUGCGCUGGCUCCGUCGCCAGAUUUCUCUUGUCAGCCAGGAACCUACUCUUNUUGCUACUACCAUCUUUGGAAACAUUCGUCAUGGACUUAUCGGAACUGCCUACGAGGCCGAGUCAGAAGAAAAAGUUCGUGAGCUUGUCGAGAACGCUGCAAGAUUCGCUAAUGCGCACGAUUUUAUUACUGGACUGCCUGAAGGCUAUGCUACCAACGUUGGUGAGCGCGGUUUCUUGCUUUCUGGAGGACAGAAGCAAAGAAUUGCUAUUGCCAGAGCCAUGGUCAGCGAUCCCAAAAUCCUUCUUCUCGAUGAGGCUACAUCGGCUCUAGAUACCAAGUCUGAGGGCGUUGUGCAAGCAGCUCUGGACAAAGCUGCUCUGGGCAGAACAACCAUUGUCAUUGCUCACAGACUUUCUACUAUCAAGGGUGCCGAUAACAUUGUUGUAAUGUCUCGCGGCCGCAUUGUAGAACAGGGCACUCAUGACGUUCUGCUCGAAAAGAGGGNNGGAGCUUAUUAUAAGUUGGUUGAAGCUCAACGAAUUGCUGCCGAGAACGAAAACAAGGACCAGGAAGAAAUCGCCAUCUUCGAUGAGAAAGACCAGAACCUCACCCGCGUGGCCACCAAGACCGAACAGCCAGAGAAUGAUCUCAAGCUUGCUCGUACUCAAACUGGCAAGUCGCAAUCUAGUAUCAUUCUUGCGAACAAGAAGGCUGAGGUCGAAAACCGCUAUUCUUUAUGGACUUUAAUCAAGGUCGUCGCGGCUUUCAACAGGCAAGAGUGGCUCUACAUGACCAUUGGAAUCAUCUGCUCUGUCAUUACCGGAGGCGGAAACCCGACUCAAGCCGUAUUUUUCGCUAAAGCUGUCACAGCUCUGUCUGGAGAUAACGAAACACCUGAACAGAAGGCCACGAUCCGAUCCCAGGCAAACUUUUGGUCCUGGAUGUACUUCAUGCUCGCACUGGUUCAGUUUUCUGCUUUCAUCAUCCAGGGUUAUGUCUUUGCUGUCUGCUCAGAGAGACUUGUCCACCGAGCUCGUGAACAGGCUUUCAAGACCAUGCUUCGCCAGGACAUCGCCUUUUUCGACAAGGAAGAAAACACUGCUGGUGCUUUGACUUCAUUCCUGUCUACAGAGACCACUCAUCUUGCAGGUAUGUCUGGUGUGACUCUGGGCACGCUUCUCUCCGUCAUAGUCACCCUUGUCGCUGCAUUCUCCGUGUCUCUGGCCAUUCAGUGGAAACUCAGUCUUGUCUGUAUCUCGACAGUCCCUAUCUUGCUUGCAUGCGGUUUCCUGCGCUUCUGGAUGCUUGCUCGUUUCCAGGCCAAAGCCAAGAAGGCCUACGAGAAAUCUGCCAGUUACGCUUGCGAAGCCACUUCUGCUAUUCGCACAGUCGCAUCCCNNCUGACAAGAGAAGACGACGUACACCUUCACUAUCAUGAUCAGCUCGUGGACCAAGAACGCAAGUCUCUAGUCUCCAUCCUGCGUUCUUCUAGUCUCUACGCUGCCUCUCAAUCACUCAUCUUCUGUUGUACAGCUCUCGGAUUCUGGUAUGGAGGUGCUGUAAUUUUCGGAGCUCAGUCUGCCGGCACCAUCUUCUCCUUCGCCCCCGAUAUGGGCAAAGCCAAACAAGCUGCUGCUGAGCUCAAGGCACUGUUUGACCGCAAGCCUGAGAUCGAUAGCUGGAGUGAGGACGGUGAAAAGCUUUCGAACGUCGAGGGUCACAUCGAGUUCAGAGAUGUUCACUUCCGUUAUCCUACUCGCCCCGAGCAACCCGUCCUUAGAGGUCUCAACUUGACUGUCAAGCCUGGUCAGUACGUCGCCCUCGUUGGUGCCAGUGGUUGCGGUAAAUCAACUACUAUUCAGCUCUUGGAGCGUUUCUACGAUCCUCUAGCUGGUGGUGUUUACAUUGACGGAAAGGAGGUUUCAAGCCUCAACGUCAACAACUACCGCUCCUGGAUCGCCCUCGUUUCGCAAGAACCCACUCUCUACCAGGGUACUGUGAAAGAAAACAUUCUUCUUGGUGCCGAUAGAGAGAACGUCCCACAGGAAGCCAUUGAACAAGCUUGUAAGGAUGCCAACAUUUACGACUUCAUCAUGUCCUUGCCGGAUGCUUUCGACACCAUCGUAGGUAGCAAGGGAAGCAUGUUGUCAGGUGGUCAGAAGCAGCGUAUUGCUAUUGCAAGAGCACUUNUGCGCGACCCCAAGAUUCUACUUCUGGACGAGGCCACUUCUGCCCUUGACAGUGAGUCCGAGAAGGUCGUUCAGGCUGCACUGGACAAAGCUGCUAAGGGUCGUACUACUAUUGCCGUCGCACAUCGUCUGUCCACGAUUCAACGUGCGGAUAUGAUCUAUGUGUUCGAUGCUGGAAAGGUCGUGGAGUCUGGCACACAUACGGAGCUUAUUCACUUGAGAGGACGCUACUGGGAGUUGGUUUCCUUGCAGUCACUGGGCAAGGCACAGUAG